UUUUAAUCAUUCAGCUCUUCCAGGAACCACUCGCGGGCAUCGCGCGUGCUUUGAAAAUGCUCUUCUUCUCCAGUUGAGAAACCCAAAAUCAGUUCCCGUUUCCAGAAAAGCUCAAGCAUUGGCAUUUUGAAACCUCGCAUCGCAUUCCUGAAUUAGAUCUAGGGUUUCUCUUCUCUUCAAGCAAUGUGGAAGUUGAAGCGCUAUAAAAAUUCCAAGGCAUGGAAUAGGUCACUAAAGCGAAGGCUUCUGACUGCGAUCUGUUGUGUUACUCCAAUGGUUCUCUUGAUUCUAUUUCUGUGUUCCAACAAUGCUAAGAAGUCCACCAAUUUAUCAUUGGGACUUCAAAACCAAAAAUGGAAUAGCUUUGAGUCAGUGGUGCAGUUUCAUCCUACCAUGGCUUUUCGAAAUGGUACAGAUGUAAUAUGGCAAGUACCCGAUUCACCAAAAGCUGUUCUCUUUCUGGCUCAUGGAUGUGAGGGUCAAGCUCUUAACUUUUGGGACAGAUCUCCUGACUGUUCUAAUUGCAUUGGUUUGCCAGAGGAAAGGUUGAUUGUGCUUCAUGCUCUUUCUCGAAAAUUGGCUGUUCUUACCAUAUCUAGUGCUGGGAGAUGCUGGUCAAUGGGGAAGGAGAUAAUGAUUGCCAAAGACAUUAUAAGAUGGUGGGUUGAGAAACAAGGAUUAGAGCAGCUUCCUCUUGUGGCUAUGGGAGCCUCAUCUGGGGGACACUUUGUUUCUGUGCUUGCUACAGAGUUGGAUUUCUCUGGUAUUGCACUUAUGGUUGCUGAAGGAGUGUUUGAAAGAAUUGAAACCAAGGAGAGCUAUCCGCCCACCGUUUUUGUCCACAUGCCGAAAGAUGGUAUCAGGCGGCGAAAUAUUGAUAAAACCAUGGAGCUUAUAAGGCAUAAAGGUGUUGAUGUUGCAGAGAUCAAGUGCAUGGAAUUUGCAUUGUCACCACAGUUUUUGGCUGAUAGAAUCCCUGGUAUUGAUCAUUCUGUUUCUGCUAAGUUGUUUGAACUCUUCAAACUCAAAGGGUUUAUUGAUGAAAAUGGAUACAUGAGAAAUGAUGGACGUAAAACGCAUUGGAAGAAAGCAGUGAAAGAAGAUGCAAGUAUUUCGGUAGAAGAGCGUUUGUUGCAUCCCAUCCAGGAGGAGUUGAAUGUUGCUUUUGCAUUCCAUGAAAUGACCAGCUUUCCUACCGACAAAAUUCUUGAAUGGUUUGAUUUACAUUUUAGCUGAUUCUAUGUGUCCUUCUCAUGUACACUGUUUUGGGACCAGCAUUUCUAUACCAAGAGAACAUAUGUAAAUUCUAACCAAGUUUUUAGUA